UUUUUUCUCUCCUUUCCUCUCUCCUCCCUCUCUCCUUCUUUCUCACUAACUUACUCACUCACUCACUCACUUACUCAGUUUCAAUAAGGUCAGAUAAAGAAACAUAUUAAAAGAAGAAAAUAUUUUACACAUAGAUCAAACAGUUCGCAAUUAAUUAUUUUUAUUUGACCAGUUGAUCCAUCGCUUUUUCAGGUGAUAGCUGUGAUAUCCAUACUCUUUAUUGUACUUUCAACGAUUGCUCUAACUCUCAACACCAUUCCUAGUAUGCAAGUAAAUGAUGAAAAAGGAAACUUCCAAGACAAUCCGCAGCUCGCUAUGGUGGAGGCUGUGUGCAUUUCGUGGUUCACUCUCGAAUACUUGCUUAGGUUCAGUGCCUCACCAGACAAAUGGAAGUUCUUCAAGGGCGGUCUUAACGUGAUUGAUUUGCUGGCGAUACUACCGUACUUCGUAUCUCUAUUCCUAGUCGAGACCAACAAAAAUGCGAACGACCAGUUCCAAGACGUGCGCAGGGUAGUGCAGGUCUUUCGUAUAAUGCGGAUCCUGAGGAUCUUGAAGUUGGCCCGUCAUUCGACUGGGCUGCAGAGUCUUGGCUUUACCUUACGUAACUCAUAUAAAGAGCUAGGGCUACUGAUGCUUUUCUUGGCAAUGGGCGUCCUCAUAUUCUCCAGUCUCGCCUAUUUUGCCGAGAAAGAGGAGCCCGGGACCAAAUUCAUAAGCAUUCCAGAGACCUUCUGGUGGGCAGGCAUCACAAUGACCACCGUCGGAUACGGCGACAUCUACCCCACGACCCCGCUCGGCAAAGUGAUCGGCAGUGUGUGUUGUAUAUGUGGUGUCCUGGUAAUCGCGUUGCCCAUUCCCAUUAUCGUCAACAACUUCGCCGAAUUCUACAAGAAUCAGAUGAGACGAGAGAAAGCCAUCAAGAGGCGAGAGGCUCUUGAAAGGGCUAAACGGGAAGGCAGCAUCGUGUCUUUUCAUCACAUCAACUUGAGAGACGCUUUCGCCAAGAGUAUGGAUCUCAUCGACGUCAUCGUCGACACCGGUCAUAACAUGUCUGGGGUGGAUGGUAACAGCACGGAGGGGGAAUCUGCAUGCGGCCGUGGACCUGCUCAGACCGGGCCCGGUUGUUACCGCAAUUAUGAGCAUUAUAGUCUAUCGCGACAUCGGCGCAGUACGUCUAAUGCUUGUUUUCCGAAUUUACCGAAUGACCUGCCUACUACGCCUGACAGCCCAAAUCGUCGGCUUCUCGACUUUGUCCAAAAUGUACCGGGUGCCCAGAACGAUGAUUACUACCAAGACGAAAUGCCGACGCAGCAUACCUACCAAGGGAAUGUGACAUCUAGCGCAAUGUCCGACAGCACGCGUUGACCAGCAUCGUUGAGCGAAGCUACUGAGAGAUACACUCGUCACACAUUCGUUUGUUCACACGCAAAUUUACUACUGCUCUAACAUGUCGGACCUUGCCAAGCCCUGAUCGUCCGAUCAGCAAUGUGUGCCGAUUCUCUUCGCUAAGUAUACUUCUUUCUUUCGGACGUGAACGGUCUCUGCUUUUCUCAACAAAAAGAACACACAAAUCAGAUCCAUGAGACGGGGCGGGAAAAUCACAAACUUUGAUGUAAACGCGCGAGUUAUGUCAGUGCUGAUCGAUGAUUCGAAUCAAAGAUUCACGAUCACAGAAGGUUAGAUAUAAACUAGGAAUAAUGUAAAAAGUACAGGAUUUGCAGUAUAUAUCUAGAUUUCUAUAAUAAAAUUGAUCAAGAAUUUCUAAUCUAAUAAAUAUUUUGUUUGUAUUCGACUUUUACGCAUCAAAAACAGAACCAAUUUAUAAAUAUUUAUACGCGAUGAUUUUUCCUAUAAAGAGUUGAUAAUGGUGUUUGUAUCAAUGGUGUUUGGUGCGCUCAUAUGCAACAGUUAAAUUUCUCUAAUAUUUAACAAGUAUAUUUCAUGAUUUAUUUUAUUAAGUGUACGGUUUAAUUGCUUCAUGCUCAAAAACAAAAAGAAUCAAGGAACCGCUUAUUAUAAAACAUAUUCGUGGAGAUGUGUAUGUCCGCAUUAAUAAAUAAGAUAGUACAGUAUUUUUUAUUUUAUUAAUCUAAAUAAUUAAAUAAUAUUUUUUCAUAAUUUUUUAAAACACGGCAUAUUUCUAUUAAAUUUUUAAAGGAAAUUUGUCUACUAAUAUCCAUGUAAUGUUAAGUAAAUUUUUAACACUUAACCUGUUAUUGAAUUUGUGUCAUUUUCCAAAAACUGGCAGUAUUUUAUAUGUUGAAUAGGAAGGCAAGAAUUAUUGAAAUCUUUAGAAUUUUUACAUUUCUUAACAUUUUUCAAUGAAAUUUGAAACAUAUUUAUUACGGCGU